CAUACGACAGAACGCACAGCAUCAAAACAUAGAUCGAACCAAACAAAACCCUUUUCAUUAGAAAAUAGGCGCACAGUGCUGCUCCUCAUUGUGUGCAUUGUAGUGCAGUCCUGCCUAGGUAAUCGUUAUUCCUGCUUGCUUGAAGAUGGCACACGAGGAGCAAUCGUUUAACGAAUUCUACACGGAGGUAAAAGAAAUCGAAAAGCGCGACUCGGUGCUAACGUCCAAACAGCAGAUCGAUCGGUUACUGCGUCCCGGCGCGACCUAUUUCAAUCUGAACCCAUUUGAAGUGCUGCAACUGGACUGCGACACACCGCUCGAACAGAUAAAGAAAAAGUAUCGCAGUCUCUCGAUACUGGUGCAUCCGGAUAAGAAUCCGGACAACCUAGAACGCGCUCAACAGGCGUUCGAAAUCAUUAGUAAAGCGUACAAGACGCUUGAGAAUGAAACGACCCGCAAAAAGUGUCUGGAGGUGUACGAGGAAGCCAAGGAUCGCACCGAUAUGAUGAUUGCGGAAAAGAAGAAAAAGCUCAAAAAGGAAGGUAAGCACGAGGGUGUUCCGGAAGACGAUCCUUCCAAGUACAAACACGCCAUCUAUGUGAUGGUGAUGAAACUGUUUGCGGACAUUGAGCGUCGCCGGCAGCAGCUAGAGGUGCGGGACAUGGAAGAACGUAAGCGCAAACGGGAAGCGGAAAUCGAAGAGGAAGAGCAGCGCGAUCUGCAAAAGGAAUGGCAAAAGAACUUCGAGGAAUCUCGGCAGAGUCGCGUCAAUAGCUGGCACACCUUUCAGGCGGGCUCCUCGUCGUCGUCCUCCUCCUCGUCCGUCGCUACGGCCGAGAAAGUAAAGAGCAAAAAACCGAAAAAAGCUAAGUACACCUCGUUCAAUCCUCCGAAGAUUAAACCGGAAACGAGAUAAAGCAUAAGCAGUGUGUCAAAGGUGCCACCGAAACGAACUCUGGUGGAAAUUAGGUUUAAUUUUGACCGUAUAUCAAAACCACCCUUCAACGAGAAUUCUUUUAUACGUUUAAGCUGUGGAGAAAUUCAAAUUCAUCCCGUCAGGUAAAACUGUUUCUUUUCUUAUGCUCAUCAAACAACGAUCGCUAUCCAUCAGAUUAUAUUUUGUUUCCAAUUUUUCCUCACCCUGGCGAUACAGAUGAUUAAGACGGAAUAAUCAUGAACUACUCGCGAAGAAAUAGCUUUUACGACAAAAUAAACGGUAAUGAACACAAAGUGUAAUAAUGUCUCCACGAAAGAAUUGCCGAUACACUAAUAAACUGUAUUUUCUAAGACCACGGAACGUGUUACAUAAUUUGAAUCCAACUACAAUAGACCUUUUACAACGGUAUUCU